AUGAAUAAUACAGCAUGGCCAUCCUCCUUAGAAUCAAUGGAAGAAAGCGAAGUAGAUGUCGAUAAGUUAGAGUUUAAGAAGUCAGUUGUUGUAAAUGCAACUGUUGAAAAUAGCCAAAAUGAAAACGAUUUGAUCACAAGAUACUCCUCAUUCAGUAGAUUAAUUAGGAUAACUGCUUUAUGUUUGAGAUUUAUAAAUAACUGUAAAGCAAACCCAGAGUUGAGAACAGACUUCAUAUGUGCUUCUGAGUUAAGACAUGCUACUGAAGUUUUAGUAAAACUCGUAGAGUCAACUGAAUUUCAAAGGGAAAUAAAGUGCCUGAAAAAUGGACAGUCUAUUCCAAAAAAUAGUAAAAUAUCAUCUCUGAACGUAUUUCUUGACAAAAAUGAGGUACUGAGAGUAGGAGGAAGACUGGAGUAUUCCGAGAUUUCUGAAUUUCAGAAAUAUCAGAUACUCUUGCCAAAGGCUCACCAUUUCACUAAUUUAGUCAUUGAAUAUUAUCAUAGAAAAUCCUUACAUUCUGGCGUACAGACUACAUUAUCUUUAAUAAGACAGUCAUAUUGGAUACCGUCUCGUCAAGAUCGAGUUAGAAGAGUAAUAAAUAAGUGCAUGACUUGCUUUAGAACGAAGAAUCAAACGGUAAGCCAGAUGAUGGGUAAUCUACCUAGGGACAGAGUCGUGCCUUCUAGACCCUUCGAGAAGGUCGGAUUAGAUUUCGCAGGACCUAUAAUCACAAAACCUAAUUUGAAAAGGUCAAAGGUGACUUUAAAUUCUUAUAUUGCAUUAUUUAUCUGUUUUUGCACUAAAGCAGUGCAUUUAGAAGUCGUUUCUGAGUUAACAACAGACGCUUUUCUAGCCUGUUUACGACGAUUUAUUGCCAGAAGAUCCAAACCAGCCGUUAUCUGGAGCGAUAACGCCACGAAUUUCAAAGGUGCGAGAAAUAUUCUUAACGCAUGUAAUGAUAUUUGCAAAUCUAACCCAUUUCAAGGAUUUAGUGUAGAAGAAGGCAUCCAAUGGAAAUUUAUCCCACCAGCUUCUCCUCACUUUGGCGGACUGUGGGAAGCAAACAUAAAAUCUGUGAAACGGAUUUUGUUAAGGGUAGCGAAAUCAGCUAUCAUGAAUUUUGAAGCGUUAACUACUUUAGUUACUCAGAUAGAAGCAGUUCUGAAUUCCCGUCCAUUAUCACCACUUUCUUCCGAUCCGAAUGACGUACAGCCUUUAACUAUGGGACAUUUUUUAACAGGAAAUGCUAUGUUAUCCGUUCCUGAACCACAUACUGCUUCGGAUUCUUUUUCUUUUCAUUCCAGGUAG